AUGGUUUAUGAAGUUGCUACUCCAGCUACGGAAGUUGAUUCUCCUGUAGAGGGGGGUGGUGAUGAUGAAACCCCUAUUGAGUCGCAAGCUGAGCAAAAGCUAUCGACGAUAUCAUGUGAGGUCGAAACUGUGGCUGAUAUGUCCUUACAAGAUGGAUUUCUGACUGCUUCUUUUGAAGUCUAUACGCCACAUAACCUGAUUAAGGUUAGAGGGUUAUUGGAUACUGGUGCGUCGGUGGGGUUUAUAAGAGGAGACCUUGCUGAGUCACUAGUGUCUCACGGUGCUGGUAAUAUAGUGAACACUCCGUCCAAGAUCAGGGUUAAGCUGGCAGAUGGUACGGAGCGUUAUAUGGACAAAGCAUGGAAGUGCUUUGUGAAGCAGAUCUCUAAACAGGGAAAUACUGUCUGGAAACUGCUAACGUUUAUCCUCAUGAAUGGUAUUG